UUUCCAGUGACACAGAUGGUGGUUUGUUUCCAAUCGGACGCAAGUUGUAGCCGCCACCAGACUGCGGGAAGAGAUUUUUAAAAUUCCCAUUAAUCGGACAGAAAGUGGACUUUUUCUGUCCUCGAGAUGUCUCGGGGCUCCAUUGAGAUCCCUUUACGGGACACGGAUGAGGUAAAACUCCUCUAAUUUAUCAUCUUGUUUAUCUGUAGUUGAUUGGUUCCGGCUGUGUCGCUCGUCAUGUGUGCUAACUCUAUUUAGCUUUAGCACAACACAGAGGUGCGAUUAAUGUGAAACAGCGUCAGAAAGAGUCAAACAUGAGCAAAAUAAAUAACAGAAACAUGUUUGGAUUAGAGUUUUAGUAACCCAUGUAAACAAACAUACAAUAGAAAACAGUAAAGCUGUUUGCAGUAAUGAGUAUCAGCCUCAAACGAUAAUUAAGACGCUGAUUGUUCUGCUUCUUUCAGGACAAAUAUGUUGUUUUUUCGCAUAUUUAUGUGAUUUUUAGCUGCGAAAGCUUCUUUUAAAUCCUUGCAUAUAUGGUGAAUUUUUAGUUUUAAACUGAGAAAGUGCUGAAACAUCUGGAUCUUAUCAGAAAUGGUUGAUCUGUGUUUUUAGGGUCAAAGUAGUAUGACUUUAAUGUUGACUGUGAUAUAGAUAAACACAAAGGUUUAUUCCUCUAUGCCAUGGUCCUUAAGUCGCAAAUUUAUAUUUUAUUAAAACAAAACCUUUAAAUAUUCUAAUCUUUAACAUAAAUCCACUUUUUUAUUGAGUAAAGUGCAUUUUAGAGCACAUGAUGGGGACGACAACUACUGAAGUUCCGUGUACAGAAAAUAUCAAACAUCGAAUAAAUAUGUGCUAACUCCACUUAGUGUUAGCACAACACAGAGGAGCGAUUAAUGUGAAGCAGCGUCCUAAAGAGCCAAACAUGUGCAAAAUAAAUGACAGAAACAUGUUUGGAUUAGAGUUUUAGUAGCCCAUGUAAACAAACAUUCAAUAGAGAACAGUAAAGCUGUUUGCAGUAAUGACUUUCAAGAAUUGAGAGCUGAUUGCUAAUAUCAAAUAUCUAAUACAUUUCGCAUUAAAUAUUUACUUUUUUGAACAAAUAAUGAAGUUAAAUAAAAAGACAAAAACACACAAAUAAACAAAUGUACUUUAUCUGUGUUAUGAAGCUUGAAUUUGUGAAGUAGAUACACACGAAAAAUGCCAAACUAAGAUGAUCGAACAAAAAUAUCAUUUUCUUGUGAAGCCAAUGAAAGAGUAGCUUAUUUUGUAAAACACUGACAAGAAAGCCAAUUUGAGACAAUAGUUACGUUAAUAAAGUGCUUUAUAGAAGGAACUGUGCGUAUAAAUUCAGUACAGACACUGAGCAUCAGUUGAUAUUUAUCAUUCAACAUGUGCCUUUAUGCCGAAGUAUAAUCAGGAUUAUCACAGGGAUGGCUACUAAAAGUGUUAUUUUGAAAGCUUGACAAAUUAAUAUUUUUAUGGUCGAUCUGCACAACCCACAUUCACAACACCCUUUCCAGAUACUGUGAGAAUGACUUUUGAAACAUGUGAAUAUCGUAAUACUUAAAUAAAUGUUAUUUUGCAGGUUAUUGAGCUCGAUUUCGACCAGCUGCCAGAAGGAGAUGAGGUUAUCAGUAUCCUGAAGCAGGAACAUACACAGCUUCACAUAUGGAUUGCAUUGGCGGUGAGUUAAUGGAGCUAUAACAGACAUUUGUUAAAUUUACUUCUGCAAUAUUAGCUUCAUCAGUUACACUCAAGAGUACUUCAUAAUUGUACUUUUCUCUUUUCUAGUUGGAGUACUACAAGCAGGGCAAAACAGAGGACUUUGUCAAGCUUCUCGAAGCAGCUCGUAUAGACGGAAACCUCGACUACAGAGACCAUGAGAAAGACCAGAUGACCUGUCUGGACACAUUGGCAGCUUACUAUGUCCAGCAAGCACGUAAAGAGAAAAACAAAGAUGCCAAGAAAGAGCUCAUCACGCAGGCUACACUGCUGUACACAAUGGCAGAUAAGAUCAUCAUGUAUGAUCAGGUAUAAAAAACAAGUCUGUUUGAUCGAUUAAACUAACGCAGCUCCAGUUAUGUCUCUAUUUAGCAACUGUUUAAUGUCAUUAACCUUCUCAGAACCACCUGCUGGGACGAGCCUGUUUCUGUCUGCUGGAAGGAGACAAGAUGGACCAGGCUGAUGCUCAGUUCCACUUCGUUCUGAACCAGUCCACCAACAACAUCCCUGCUUUACUUGGCAAGAUAAAGAUGCAGCCACUAUAUUAUAUUAUAUUAUAUUAUGAACCACUCUGAGCUGAGUACUGGAUUAAUGACAUUGUUUCCAUCUAACAGGUAAGGCCUGUAUCUCCUUCAACAAAAAGGAUUACAGAGGAGCUCUGGCAUAUUACAAAAAGGCUUUACGUACAAACCCAGGCUGCCCAGGUAAAACACUUCACCCUGAAUUAUUCUCAAAACAGAGGCCUGCAUUUCCAACUACUACUUAUACUCUUGUUAUACUUUACCAGUGCCAGAUAGCAGAUAGCAGUUUUUACCAUAUACAGUCAGUAAAUCCAUACAUAUAACAAGCACAGAAAGAUUACAGCAGAUAGUCUAUACCAACCAGCAUUGAUGCUUUCACCCUAAUAUCUGUUAAAGUAGUUAUUGGCCUCUUCAUCAGUUAUGCUCUGUCUCCUUCUCCUAUAAUUAUUGUGUUUGGGUGUUGAUUGCUGAAGGUUAGUGAUCACCGUCUUUCUCUCUGGUUCCUGAUUCUCUGUCCAGCCGAGGUGCGGUUGGGGAUGGGCCACUGUUUUGUCAAGCUGAACAAACUGGAAAAGGCUCGUUUGGCUUUCGGUCGGGCCCUAGAGCUCAAUUCAAAGUGUGUGGGAGCUCUCGUUGGUUUGGCGGUUUUAGAGCUCAACAACAAAGAAGCCGACUCCAUCAAGAACGGAGUGCAGCUCUUGUCGCGGGCCUACACCAUCGACCCCAGCAAUCCCAUGGUGCUCAACCACCUCGCCAACCACUUCUUCUUUAAAAAGGUAGUCCGCUCCUUGAUCAAAUACUAGAACAACAUUAAAGUAGAGUGUCACUAAACUCCUGGGUGUUUUCUGUUUACUGGUUAGGACUACAGCAAAGUGCAACAUCUGGCCCUCCAUGCUUUCCAUAACACAGAGGUGGAGGCCAUGCAGGCUGAGAGCUGCUACCAGUUAGCCCGCUCCUUUCAUGUGCAGGUAGGAUCCUAACUCAUCUUGAGGAUGAGCACAGUUGUUGUUUUUUCAUAUUUCAAUCACUCAAACUUCACUUUUUUUUCUUUUUUGUUGUAGGAGGACUACGACCAAGCCUUUCAGUAUUACUACCAGGCCACUCAGUUUGCCUCAUCGACCUUUGUGUUGCCCUUCUUCGGCCUGGGACAGAUGUAUGUCUAUCGACGAGACAAGGAGAAUGCAGCUCAGUGCUUUGAAAAAGUUUUAAAGGCUUACCCCAACAACUACGAGACGAUGAAAAUUCUCGGGUCUCUUUACGCAACAUCUGACGAUCAGGAAAAGAGAGACAUCGCUAAAGUACGUGCCCUUUGCAGAAAAUGGUAUCAUAGUUGCAGUCAUGAAUUUGUCUGUUUCUCCCACUAUUCUCGUUGACAAAAAACAUGUAACAUUAGCUUGAGCUUGUGAUCAUACCCUCAACAUUUGCUCUCUAGGGUCAUUUGAAGAAGGUGACAGAGCAGUAUCCAGACGAUGUGGAGGCUUGGAUCGAGUUAGCUCAAAUCCUGGAGCAGACUGACAUUCAAGGGGCUCUUUCCGCUUACGGCACAGCCACACGCAUCCUGCAGGAGAAAGUGCAGGCAGAUGUUCCCCCUGAGAUCCUCAACAACCUCGGGGCUCUUCACUUCAGACUGGGCAACCUUGGAGAAGCAAAGGUAGCCGUGACAAUGCAGUGCGGCUCAUUUUUCCAAAGCGUCCUGUUUAACAGCUGUCCCUCAAUGAUGGGUCUCAUUUUUUUUUUUCCGCAGAAAUACUUUCUUGCAUCGUUGGACCGAGCCAAAGCUGAAGGAGAGCAUGACGAACAUUACUACAACGCCAUCUCUGUUACCACCUCCUACAAUCUGGCCCGCCUGUACGAAGCAAUGUGUGAAUUCCACGAAGCCGAGAAGCUCUACAAAAACAUCCUGAGAGAGCAUCCUAACUAUGUGGACUGUAAGCUUGCAGCAUUUAACAAAAAGAAGUGAGAAACUGAGGAAAAAUGUUUUAGACUCCUAGGAAUUACUGAUCUUUUUCUGCUUCAGGUUACUUGCGCCUCGGAGCGAUGGCUCGUGACAAAGGAAAUUUCUAUGAAGCAUCUGACUGGUUCAAAGAGGCCCUGCAGAUCAAUCAGGUACUCGGUCACUUGUUGCAAAUUCACUAUUAUAAGAUGAGGAUUGAGUAAAAGCUUCUGUCAGACAACCUGAUGUUUGUGCUCUUUGUUGCAGGAUCACCCAGAUGCCUGGUCCCUGAUCGGAAACCUUCACUUGGCCAAACAAGAAUGGGGUCCGGGUCAGAAGAAGUUUGAACGUAUUCUGAAGCAGCCGUCCACACAGAAUGACACAUACUCCAUGCUGGCGCUGGGUAACGUGUGGCUGCAAACUCUGCACCAGCCAACCAGAGACCGGGAAAAGGUGCGGCAGACAGUUCUUUUCUUUUUUCUAAAUAAAUUGAUUUAAACAAAUGAUAAACAACUUAAAAAACAAACUUACAGAUCGAUACAGCAUUAAGAAACAUGUCCUCCUACUUACACAGAGAAACUGAUUCAGAUUUGGAUUAGACUAAUUCAAAAUUAGAGUUAUGCAGUUCUUGGACAGCCUUUUGUAGGACUAUGAAGUCUUGAAUUCCAGGUCGGCUGUUUGAAUCAUGAGUGUUAAAGACAAAGAAAACCUCUAAAUGUUGUGCGGGUGGUUUUGUCUGAACAGGAAAAGAGACACCAGGAUCGCGCUCUGGCGAUAUACAAACAAGUCCUGCGUAAUGAUGCCAAGAAUCUCUAUGCUGCCAAUGGCAUCGGUCAGUACAACCUCCUUUUAUUCAGUCUUUGAUUAAUUGUUAUUGUUUCUUAAUUGGAUAAUAAACAAUUGCUUUGUCUUCAGGUGCCGUCCUGGCCCACAAAGGCUACUUCAGAGAGGCCCGAGACGUGUUUGCACAGGUGAGAGAGGCCACAGCAGACAUCAGCGACGUCUGGCUGAACUUGGCUCACAUUUAUGUGGAACAGAAGCAGUACAUCAGCGCCGUGCAGAUGGUAAGAGUCUCACUUGUGGUUUUCAUCAGGAAUACUGACCUUUUGACUGUUUUCACUGAGUGUUUUAUUGUGCUCCUCAGUAUGAGAACUGCCUGAAGAAGUUUUACAAAUACCAGAACACGGAGGUGCUGCUGUACCUCGCCAGGGCGCUCUUCAAGUGUGGGAAACUGCAAGAGUGCAAGCAGAUGCUUCUAAAGGUAACACAAUUCAAGGCUUCUGUUGUGAUCUGUCAACGAUAAGAAUGAGGUACUACUUAGUCUCUCUGUUCUUUCUCCUAAAGGCCCGUCAUGUAGCUCCCAGCGACACAGUGCUGAUGUUCAACGUUGCUCUGGUGCUCCAGAGGCUGGCCACUCUUGUGCUCAAAGAUGAGAAGAGCAACCUAAAGGCUGUACUCAGCGCUGUCAAGGAGCUUGAACUGGCUCACAGGUAGAGUUAGAAAAUUCACACCUGCUCAUCUCUGUCUGAUUUUCUUACUAUUCUGAAGCUAAACCUACAAUUUUGACUCUCUUCCUCCUCCUCCUCCUCCUCCUUCAUCUGCUCACAGGUAUUUCAGCUACCUCAGCAAGGCCGGAGACAAGAUGAGAUUUGACCUGGCUCUGGCUGCAUCUGAAGCAAGGUCAGUCUGAAUGUAUUCUCACUACAGACCAACAAGGGCUGGGCAAUAUGGCCUCAAUUAAUAUCACGAUAACUACUUCACAAGCUGCUCACCCCCUCCCACAUUAACCUCGUCUACUUCAGCCGCCGCUCCAGACACUACAACUUUUGAACCGUCCUCCAUCUCCUCACCUGUCUUCCCCUCUUUGUUAUGGACUGGACGGGGUGAAGUCAUGUCUCUGACGUAGGACAGCGUCUUAAAGAGACAUGAGAUCAUAGCCUACCUACACACAUCCAAAACCAACUUUGAUUUAUUUCUUUAUUUUGACACCAAAUAUACCGACAUGGGCAAAAUGACGUCAGUUAAUGUCGUAAAUUUCGGUAUUGGUUAAAUUUUCGGUUUAUUGCCCAGCCCUAGUUGAGACAUCAACCACAGUCCUUUCAUGGUAGAAAAUACUAUAAACUUGGGUAUGCAUGUUAGCAUCGACACAUCAUUUCUGCAUCUCCCUCUAUAACCUCUCUAAUCCCUGAACACUGUCUCAGCAGAUGACUGUCUAGCAUGAGUCGAGUUCAGCUCAAGGUUUCUGCCGGUUCCAAAGAAAGCUGUUGUUGCUGGAGCUGUUUACAUUCAGUUAAAUAACUGAGGGGUUUCCGUGUGUUGUGGGAUUACAGGCAGUGCUCUGACCUGCUGAGUCAGGCUCAGUACCAUGUUGCAAGAGCCAGAAAGCAGGAUGAGGAGGAGAAGGAGCUCCGGGCCAAACAAGAACAAGAGAGGGACCUGCUCCGUCAGCAGAUGUUGAAAGAACAGGUAUUCACAGUGUCACUAUCACACCACUUUAACACCGUCAUACAUUAAAUCUCAUGAUUCAGUCCUUUUCUCAUUGAUUGUUUGGUUUGCCGUCCUCUAACUUGUGUAGGAGGAAAAGCGGACCAGAGAGGUGGAGGAACAGAAGAAGCUCCUGGAGCAGAGAGCUUUGUAUGUGGAGAAGACAAAGAACCUGCUCAACUUCACAGAGGCAGCAAAGGAAAUGGCCAAAGAGAAGAAGAAGGGAGGCGGGGGCGGAGGAGGAGGACGUGUGAGUGUUGGCAGUGGUGAUUUCAGACUCAUCAACAGAUGCCGUUUCACAAAAGUAACAUUCUCCAAUUUUUUAAUCUAGCGUAAGAAAGGGGGCGACGUGGAUGACUUUGUCAAUGACGACUCUGACGAGGACCUGCCACUGAAGAAGAAGAAGAAGAGGAGGGGCAGUGGCAGCGAGGAGGACGAGGGGGGUGAGGACGGAGAGAAAAAGUCACGCAAGAAGAGGAGGAGGUGAGUCUGCUGCACUGUGGAUAUUUGUAUGGACACCUGAACAAGGCGUCAAUACAAACUCAAAGCAUAUGUUGUAUUUCAGACCUACUAAAGGAGAUGAUGACAGCGAUGAUGAGGAAGGAUCAUCUCGACCCAAGAAGCAACGCAAACCCAAAGAACGGAAGAGGAUUGAAAAGGUUCUUGUCACAAGUUCUUGUUGUUCCUGUUUAAGAGCUGACUAAGAAACUAACGCCGUCCUUUCUUUCAGCCUCAGCCUGAACGCCUCCCACCAUCUCUCAAAGGGAAGAUCAAGUCGAAGGCUAUCAUCUCUUCCUCUGACUCUUCUUCUGAUGAGGAUGGACUGAAAAUUGCAGAAGACCGGUAAGAGCAUUUGUGUAAAAGAAUCUGCAGUAAAAAGUGAGACGUCAAUUGAGGGACAACUCAUGAGUGCUUUUCUCCCACACAGACAACAGCGAGACAGCGGUUCAGGGUCUGAGGACGAGGGCGGCCACAGGAAGCGCAUCGCCUCCGAAAGCGACUCAGAUGCAGGACCGAGGAAUCGGUCGGGCAGCGAGGCAGGCAGCCCCCGACGCUCUGCGGGCUCAGAGGACGACGACUCAGGCAGUGACCGUCAAGUGAAGAAGAGGAGGGUGCAGAGGCAGUCUGACUCAGAGCAGUCAGAAAACGAGAGCAAAAGGAGUCGGUCUGGAUCAGAGGACGAGUCCCGGCCUGGUUCACCUGCAGCAGCAUCAGACCGAGGAUCAGAGCCGGGGUCUGACGCGGGGUCAGAGAAUGAGGGCUCCCCCCGCCGUCAGAGCGGCUCUGAACCAGAGGGAUCAAACAAUGACGACGACAGCGACUAAACCUUUAGUUUUCCCUCUGAGACUUCUCCCACAUCAGGCCGAGAAAAUCUCCACAUCUUCAUUUUUAUUGUUUUGUAUUGAAGCAGGAAUUUCAGAUGUCUGUAAAAUCUCUUUGACUUAGCCUAGAGAAGGGUAGUGUUACGUCUUUCCAGAUAUGUCGUCACAGGUGCUGUUUUGUUUUAAGAUGAUUUGAGAUUAACGAUAAUUUCAAUUCUGAGAAAAAAGGUGGUAACAUCUUUGUAAAAAUCUCUGAUGUCAGACGUGACACUGACUGGAAAAUGAGAGGACACAUCAGCACAAUGUCCAAUAAAAAAUUAAAAAGAAAUAAUAGAAAA